UCCACUACUACACGACAACACACAAUACAGCAGCACUAUACAAGCAUCCGCGGAGCGGGACAGACUAUCACCCACAGACUGCAUAUCCACGGACGAGCUUAUCCAUUUUCAGUACCGUUUGUGAAUGUAACGAUGUAGUUCAUGACAGAAGAAUCCGUUAAGGCUGUAUUAUCACCGUUAGCCUAGCUUUCACUUAUAAGCAAAGGGGAUUCAAUCAGUGGCUAACGGCUAUCAGCGCUAACAACAGAGGUUCACCAGAGAUGAGCAAGUAAAAGUAAUGCUCCUCUACACCAUAUGACCAAAAGCAUUUUCGAGCGGUAACAGGACUGCUGGGAAUCGACGCCAAGAUGAUGAAGAAAAAAAAGUUUAAGUUCAGAGUUGAUUUUGAGCUGGACGAGCUGUCGUCGGUUCCGUUCGUCAACGGAGUUCUGUUCUGUAAAGUCCGGCUGCUCGACGGCGGAUUCUUGGAGGAGUCGUCGCGUGAGACGGUCCAGGCAAACUGUGUACGCUGGAGAAAAAGAUUCUCCUUCCCCUGUAAAAUGAGCGCUAAUGCUGGAACCGGAGUCCUUGACCCCUGUGUGUGUCGAGUUUCAGUCAGAAAGGAACUUAAAGGUGGAAAGACUUAUGCAAAGCUGGGUUUUGCUGAUCUCAACCUGGCGGAGUUUGCCGGAUCGGGUAGCACCACACGCAGGUGUCUGCUGGAGGGUUAUGACACCAAGAACACUAGACAGGACAACUCCAUCCUUAAGGUGAUUAUCAGCACACAGCUGAUGUCUGGGGACCCCUGUUUCAAAACGCCUCCAUCCACCGCAAUGGUAAUAGGCAUUCAGGGUGAUGUAGAGAGCCUGCUGGAAGACAGGAAAGGAGGAGACACACAGAAACCUUUUCUGAGUCUCUCAGAGACAUCAGGGAAGUGUGGCUCUCUGCCCGAUGAGCUCGGGCUGUUCGGACACUCUCGAACGUCCAGUUAUGCUAGUCAGCAGUCCAAAGUAUCAGGCUAUAGUACAAGUCACUCACGUUCCUCCAGUCUGUCGGAGUUCUCCCACAGGAGGAACACUUCGAUCGGCAGCGCUUCCACCGGCAUUGCCAGCAUCCCUGAGCCCAGUGAGGAGAGUGACCAAACUACAGUGCCCCCUACAGCCCCGGGGGGCUGCGCUGCUGUGCCUGAACACCCAUCAACCCCUGACAGAGCUGCCAGCAGGUACCCAGUGAAACAAGACUCAAUGGAGUCUCAGCUGAAGAGGGUGGAUGCCACACGGGUGGAUGCCGAUGACGUGGUAGAGAAGAUUCUUCAAAGCCAGGACUUCACCCACAGUCUGCUAGACUCCAGCGCUGAAGAGGAAGGUCUGCGUUUGUUUGUGGGUCCUGGUGGGAGCACAGCAUUUGGUAGCCAUCACCUUCCUGCCAGGGUUGGAGCUGGUGCAUAUGAACAGGUGGUGAUCAAACGCUAGAGUUGGGAGAUGCCAGAAGGAGAAGUGUCAAAAACCAAAGUCUGUUUCGUGGGAGGAGAAAGGGACGAAGAGAUUCAGACAUGUUUGCUCCUCUCACAUUAGGAGUGUUUGUCACGAACCUGUUUCAUCCUUUCGAUGGAAUGGUGUCCUCUGCUGGCUACAUAAAGAACUGACAGCUCCUCUGUAUGAGGCUCCCAGUGUUCCUGGAUCAACAUCCAUUUUAAUCCUGGAACAACAUUCCAAUCAGAAUAAAGGGAUAACUUUUCAGGAAAGUUCAGUUUUAGGCUUAAGAUCGGGAUUUGGUACUUCUACACUCUUGUUAAUCGGUUAUCAUUUUCCUCUGAUUUUGAUGAUGAAUAAAUUAUGGGUAGGUAUAGGGUUAUGUCUAUAUUUUUUUAAAGUAAUGUUGAUCCAGGAUCAACAAAAGAUGUUGAUCCAGGAAAAUGGAGGGUCUUACUUGGCAAAAUCACGGUGACCGGCUGCCGUUAUAGGUGUCUGUGUUCCACUGUGAGGUAAAGUUUGUCUCCUUUACUCCUGCGUUGAAAAUCAAAGAGCUUUUUUUCCUCUAUUUUCCUUGCUGAUCUUUUAAAAAAAAAAAUAUAUAUAUAUAUAUAUUUCAUAUUGUUGUUUUAGUUAGUAAGAUCUCUUUUUAUUUUUACUCAUGUUUACAUGUUUGUGAGCCGUUUUAGGGGUCUGUCAGUAACAUUUGAUGGAUUGUAUACAUCUUUUACAAUACGUAUGAGGUGUAUACUCUCUCUGCAGAUGAAGGUGAACCCUUUACAAACUGUUUGGUUGUCUCAUUACUGUCAGAAUGGAAAUCAAACCGUCCUUACCCACCCGCGGCGUCUCACUUUGUGUGUGUGUGUGAGAAGUCGUGAUACAUUUUGACAGAUGGAGCCGUUUUCAGACUUGAAAAAAAUCUUCAUUUGAAUAGCACUUUGAAUUGAAGGACUUUACAUGGGCUUUCUGUGUAUCUUCAAGAUUGUAGGGAGCUUUCAUGUUGAGCUGCUGAUCGAGUUAAACCAUACACAAAAAUGUGUAUUUCCUCUUUAUUCAUCGUCAAAACAACUUUCGGCUUGAGAACUUAAAUGUAGAUGAAAGUCCUACAGCUGCAUUAUAUGUUAAAUGGGACUACUUAAGUGAUUUUGCAGUUCAAUAUAUAUAGACAUAUAAGCUAGCUACCUAAAAUCCAAGCAGCUGAAUAUCUGAUAAGUACAUCUCUGGCAUCAUUAAUGAUAUCUCGUGAAUGUAUUGGCUUUCCUGCAAGAACAAAAUGAGCCAAGCUGUUCUCAAGCUACAAUUAGUAACAUGGCAGCACAGAACCAAGCUAUUUCAGCAAUGCUUAAAACAUUUAGCACAAGGCUCUUAAAGCGGCGUGUAGCUAUUCUUAUCUCUUUAUGACACUACAAAAACUUUUUAUCCAUGUUUUUGUGGUUACUUGAUGUAUCACUAAAAUGAAGGUAUUUUAAUGACUAGUUUCUGGUAUCUCUGUCUGUAAGGUCAGCUCUAAUGCAUAUCAGAAUCAUAUAUUAGUGUUUCUUUAGUUUUAUGUGACUGUACUAUGCCCUUAUCUUCUCAGAAGCCAUUCACUGUUUUAUAAUCUAAACUCACUAGCCUCUGUGAUAUAAGUGUGUGUGAGGAUUCCCAGUUGAGCGAGUGUGUAUACAAUCUAUUUGUAGCACUUGAUUAUCUCAUAACUGUCUAUAGUGUAGAAAUGCAUGGGUGUCACACCUGCUCAAUGUGUCCGAAGCAUUUUGUGUAGUCUUUGCUAUUUCCAUCAGAUUGAUCCAGGUCUGUCGAUAUCCAAACACUAAAAAAAAAAAAAACAGACUGGAAAGCUUGGAUUCAACUCGGCCAUAUGUCUCAGGUUUAUUAUUUUAUCUUUCACAAUUACUGCACAAAUAUCAAAGCACCACACUGCGAAUGUACGUUGCCCCUAAAGACCCGUGUUGAUAUGUAUAAAUAUGAGAUGGGAGGAAAAAUUAUAUAUCAGUGCUUUUAUGUUCUCUGGAAAAUGUUUUGGAUUGCCUACAGAAACUUUGUUCAAUUGCAAAACCUUUGCGUUCAACGAAGAAACGCUAGAAAUGAAAAGUUUGCGAGUGAACACACAGAUUUUGCAUGCAAACUGGUCUCUUGAAGUAAC